UCAAAAGUAGGCGAGAGGACGCAGGUGAAUACAAAUCUAAUUGAUAAAAGGCUUAUCUUUAAAAGUUCAGACCAUCACAGUCCUAUCUCAACCAAAGCUACAAGGAAAAAGUAUGCAUCCAUGACAACAUUCCAUACUCAACGCCAUCCUCACUUCAUGUCAUCUAGCCUACCGGUUUAGGUCAUCUUUGAACUGUGCUGGUCACACAAUUGUGCAAUUGGCCACAACCUUAAGUCUACAAGCAACUAUCUUCGCUGAAUGUAUCAUCCUCACUUGAAAAGUCUAUAUAAAGAAGCCUAAACUGCAUUUCUAUCUCUCUCCACUCCUAACCAGAGUGUAUAAUGUCUAAAGUGUGUUUACAGAUUCUUCCCAAUGCCAAGUGCUUAUUCGAUGAGCCAGUGCAGUUGAAAGUUGACAGGCUGAAACCAAGACAGCAGGUGGAUCUGAGGGCAGAAGUAACAGAUGACAAAGGCAUUGUAUUCAGGUCCUCAGCUACCUAUGAGGCCAACUGCAGUGGAACGAUUGAUCUAACAACUGCGUCAUCACUAGGUGGCAGUUACACUGGAGUAGAACCUAUGGGGCUUUUGUGGUCUCUGAAACCAAACAACUUAUACACUAAGUUUGUUAAGAAGGUUGUAUCAGUGCCUUGCCUUGUCAACUUCAGUGUACAUUCCAAGGAUAGUCCAGGAAUACUGGCUGAAGUAAUCAAUGAAAGAAGUCUGCUUGCAGAGGGAGUAAGAAGAAUUCCUGUCAAAGAGGGGAAGCUUCGUGGCGUUCUAUUUGUACCUCCUGAAAUAGGUCCACACCCAGCUGUUUUAGACCUAUACACAUAUGGAAGAGGUCUAUCUGAAGCUAGAGCUUCUCUUCUUGCCAACAGAGGUUUUGUGGUCUUUACCGUGUCAUUAUAUGGGGCUGAUGACAAUCCUAAAAACGUGACCAAGAUCCACCUGGAGUAUUUUGAGGAGGCGAUUCAGUUCUUGAAAAAUCAGCCGCAGGUUUGCGGCUCUGGAUUAGGUUUGUUGUCACUGUCCAAAAGUGGUGAUCUAGCACUGUCCAUUGCCACUUUUCUGCCAGGCAUUGCUGCUACCGUAUGGAUCAAUGGUUGCAAUGCCAAUGCCAUGAUUCCUCUUCACUACAAAGGCACAGUCAUACCUCCCCUAAUGCUUGAUACCAAAAGAGUCUUUGCUACCAAGUCCGGGGCCUUAAAUGUGAAAUAUGUUAUUAAUGACCCCAUGGCAGAGGAGAAUCAGGCAACGCUCAUCCCAAUUGAGAGAGCCAAUGGAAGGUUUCUCUUUGUUGCUGCAGAGGAUGACCAAAACUGGGACAGUUGUUAUUUUGCAAAUCAGGCAAUGCAUCAACUAAAGCAUCAUGGGAAGGAUAAUUACGAGUCAGUAUUUUACCCUGGAGCAGGACACUACUUAGAGACACCCUACAUGCCCUUCUGCCCGGCCAGUAUUCAUGGUGUUAUUGGAAAGCCUGUUGUGUGGGGAGGUGUGCCCAGGUCCCACGCAGCAGCAGAGGUCGACCUUUGGAGGAGGAUUCAGGAGUUCUUUAGAACUAACCUGGCAAAUGAUAGCAACUUGAGUAAAGCCAAGUUAUAAAAUGUUGAAAUGCAAACUGGAUAAAUAUGUGGUGCUUAUUGUUUUGCUAUGUAGUAGAGCUUAACUCAUAAUGCACAUAUUUUACAUGAGCUUAACUCACAAGUUCAAAAUGCCUUGAUAAUCCAUGCCUGACACAUUGCUCCCCCCCCCCCAAAAAAAAACACCUACUACAAUGAAACCCAUAGAAACAAGUUAUCCAGACUAUAUUUAAACUGUUUAAUUGCAAGAUUAAGAGAAACACAUCAUUUUAUUUAUGUGUAUUGUUAUGAUGGUUUGUGCCUCUUUUCAGAGUGGAUUGGCUGUAAAACAACAGACAUUCAUGUAUUUAGAUGCCAAACCUUGGUUUCUUGCUACUAUUGUUCACUUUUCAUUAAUGUAUUACAUUAAUUAAAGUUACCACUAGCAAGUGCACAUGUAUUAAAUGCCUGUUUGGCCCCCUGUACCAGAGGCAGCAAAGCAACCCCACAGAAUUAUCAAACCUCCCCCUGUGUUUGAUUGAAGGAAGGGUGUUCUUUUCUUUGAAUUCUUAAGUUGGUCUUUGGUAAACAUAGGAAGACCCCACCUCUGAUAGAGACACACAAAACCCUGAUUGAACUUAGCAAAAAAACACCCUAUCAAGCCUGAAUCCCGGGGGAAAUGUUCUUUGCACUGAUGAAACCAAAUUAGAACUCUUUGGCAAUACAAAUCAGUGCUAGGUUUCCUGACGACCAAU